AACCCCGCAGCCAGGGCCCCUGGGGCAGGGACAGUGCCAGGCCCUGGCUGGACAUCCCCAAAAGAAAUAGCGUCCGCCCCUCCCUCGCCAAAGGGAGGCGAGCGGGUCACAGCAGUGACCCUUAGGCCGCGGCCUGCGUCAGGCCUGGGCCGCUGCGAGGCGUGAGUCUCCCGGCGGACUCACGGACCUUUGCUGCACGGCCCAGCCGUGGGUUGCGGAGCACGAAGAGGGUGUAGUUUUCAAGGCUGUGAGGGCACGCUGCCGCUGUCCUGGCACGUGUUGCUCAUACGUUGUGGUGCGUAGCAAGCUCAUUAGCUGAGGAAGUCCUGCCUGUUCCUGCAGAAGCUUGGAAGUUGUUGUUCAAGUACCUACCAUGCCUGCAAACCUUUAGGCUGACUUCUCCUGCUCCAGAAAUGCUAAAACACAUUAGCAACGGAAGUUUGUAUCCGCAAAACAAACAGUGACUGUUACAAAAACUGUGGAGAGUGAACAAAGAGAAGUUAUUUUAUGAAGCGUCUGAUCAAAAAGCCUUUCUGCUGAGAAGAAAUCAGACUCCUCGCAUGCCUCAGCAAAGAUCGCACUAACGUCGGAGGGUUUGUGGUGAAGACGCCAGUGCAGGGCACAGGCUGGCCAACAGACAGAAGUGGCUUUUAGAUUACUGCCAGCCUGCGCUAGACACAGACUUGCAGCAGAAGAUGGAACCAAUUCCUGUCACUGGCUGAGGACACUAUAUAGCAACAGCAUUGUUGUAAUUUAUAGAUUUGGUGCAACACAAUGAAAAUUGGACUGCUGCUUUUUUGCGAAAUUCCACAGUAACCCUUACUGCUUUUAGCGAAUACACCUUUGACCCAUUUGGUUGCACUGGCACUAUUUUGUGCUCAAAACAUGAGUUAGUGCAUUAUAAAGAUUACUUAUCGUUAAGGUGUAGGUGGCUUUUUUUAUUCUCAGAUACAGCCAUUAACUCGUGAUGAAAAACUCUUACCUGCAGAGAUGUAUUCCAAAUGCUUAGCUGAGUGACAGCAUGCGCAUAUGCACAGGGAACACUGCCAGUACUAACAGUGACAUGGCAUUGGCUUCACAUGAUUUAUCUGGGAGGGGACAGCCAGCUCCUGCUUGGAAACACACCCCCGUCGCCUUUGCCUAAACCCUCAUAAAGUUUCCACAGCGGCAGUGAAAGGUGAGGAGUUGAACUCUGGGCUCUGAAUAGACACAAAGGACCUCUCCUAGGCUACCAUCAGCAGGAGGAACUGUGGUUGCCUUCAGAUCUAUGCAGUGCUUGGCACAGUAGGACAUCCACCAAACACAACGCCCAGUCCUGCAUCUGUCCACAGCGUGGCUGAUAAGCAACUUUUUGGGUGACCGGUGUAUUCCUCCUUUCUGAAACGCUGCAAGAGGAGUACUCCCAAGAGGCUUGUUAGCAUCAUAAAGAUGAAAAGAGACUCUGGAUAUUCCACCAUGGCUGAGCAGCAGAAGCAGGAAGUGAAGCUCUGGGAUGCCAUGAAGAUCACUGCCUUUGUCCUUGGUACAGGCCUGCUCACAUUCACUGCCUUAGCGAACUCUGUUUCUUGGAAUGUGCAGAAUAUCUGGGACCCUCCAGGCCAUUUCUGGCAAACAGCAUGGCUAAAGUUCUACUACCUGUUUGACGGAAAGGAGUGGACAAUCUUCCUCCUUGGGGCUGCAUUGGUUCCUAGCCUUGCUUUCUGGUGCUUCAAUGGAAUCCUUAUGGUGGCUGAUGUAACAGGAAAGCCAGCUUUCAUUACCCGCUAUCGCAUUCAGCUGGGCAAGAAUGAUCCUGUGGACACAAAAAAAUUGUGCCAAGCCAUCUACACAGCGCUGUGUAAUCAGUUCUUUAUCUCCUUGCCCAUGCUUGUGCCCAUGUUCUACAUCAUGAAAUGGUGGGGCAACACCUUCAGCAAGGAAUUACCCACCUUCUACUGGUUUCUUGUGGAGCUAAGCAUCUUCACCUUAAUAGAGGAAAUUCUCUUUUAUUAUACACACAGGCUUGUUCACCUCCCGCUCCUGUAUAAGCACAUUCACAAGAAGCACCACGAAUGGACAGCCCCCAUUGGCGUGGUCUCCGUUUAUGCUCACCCGGUAGAACACAUACUCUCCAACACACUGCCUGUCAUGACUGGCCCGAUGCUCAUGGGGUCUCAUAUUGUGUCAAUCGCAGCGUGGUUCUCCAUUGCUCUCAUAACAACAAGCAUUUCGCACUGCGGCUACCACCUGCCCUUCCUGCCGUCGCCAGAGUUCCACGACUUCCACCACCUCAAGUUCAACCAGUGCUACGGAGUCCUGGGAGUGCUGGAUUAUCUGCAUGGAACAGAUCGAGUGUUCAGACAAACCAAAGCCUUUGAGAGACACAGGGUCCUCCUCAGCCUCACGCCACUCUCAGAAAGCAUCCCCGAUGCACCCAGGAGGGCAGAGUGAACCCAGCAGCCUGCGGUUCUUCCAGAGCCCAGUGACUGGCAGAGCGAGACACGAUGACUUACGCCAAAUAGUAUUUUAAUUGGGAAACAAGUUAUUCUUCACACAUAACAAAAUCCAAAGCUGAAUUUGAAUGUGCUACUUGAAAUGACUGCGCUUUUGCUGCCUGUUAUUUUCUUCCUAAGGCACAAAAAAACCUGCUCUAGAAAGCUAUUUUUAAACAAUGUUUAGAGGUUUUUUUUUCCCUUAAUUACUUGCGCUGUUCCUUGGUUCUAGCUGCCUGCACAUAAGCCAGAUGUGUUCUGGGCCACAUGGCUUUGGGGAGUUCCUAGGAAGUUCUCAUUAUUAAGGUUUUAACACUUCAGUGUUCACAGACCAUGCUUUGGCUUCUUUCAGCAGCAUUCUAUAGAAAUACCAGCAAGAUCACUGUAACUACAUAUGAUAGGAAUUAAAACCACUGUUUUUGAGACUCGGAACACCUGGGAUAUGGGAUGCAACCCCAUGGAAAGUCAGUGGGACCACAGCUUUAGAAACGCUCUCCCUUGCACACACAACAGAGGCCUGACUUCCCCCGAGCAGUUUUUCUUCAUGCGAGAGGUCAGUACAGGUCUGAGUGAAGGGCUGUCACAUCCUCGUCUCCACUCCACAAACUAACGCCUGCAAAGUGCAUUUCCCCCCUCGUGGGGCAGGGAAGCAGAGCUGGGAGCUGAUGUGCUACAUGGCAGAAGCCCUCGCACAUCACCUCCUCCUGCUGAGCCUCAUCUCGCUCCCCACACGCCAAAAGGAGGCACAAACCGAAACGAGCAGCUCUGUACAAUGAUAAACUAUAGAAAGACUUUCCAGGGAAAGAAGAGUCCCUGCUCUCCAGUGUGGAGAUCAGUCAAACCCUGCAAGAAAAGACCCAACGAAAAGCACCCGCACCUUUACGCACAUCCAUAAGUACCUAUACAACCUAUUGAAACACGCUGCAAGUUUUCUCCAGGAUCUUUUUAAGUCUCAAUCCUGCUUGGGAUAAAAGUGACACCUGUCUCUCACCAUCGCUAGGCCCAUGUCCUAAGCGAGCCCUCCGAGGAGAGGGCACGCAGAGCUGACCUGUGCUGCGCUUACCUGCUGCCAGCCCAGCUCCACCCGUGGAAGCCAGCUCUCUUCCCCCACCCUCCUCCAGUCCCCACAACCACACAGGGAUGAACCCAGCCCGUUCAUCCACCCACAGCCCCCUGGGGAGGGCAAGUCAGCGGAACAGAAAACCCAGGCGGCAUUGUCUUUUGAAGUUUUUAUUUUUAUACAUUUUUUUUUUGUAUUAAAAAGGAAAAAGCAUAAUUACCACAAAUUACAAAGGACUAAAGCAUUACUAGAAUAAUGAAUCACAUCAGCCUAGAAAGCAGAUACUCUGAAUAAUAUUAAUGUUAUAAUACAAGCUCUCAUUCAAGUAUUUUACAUUUUUCUCUUUUCCUUUUAUACGUGAUGAUGAUCCUAGCACAUGGGUCAAAGAUUAUGUACUAUCGACAGAAGAUGGAUCAUGUACAGCGGUCCAUAUUAACAAGAUUUUCCUCCCAAGUGAUACAUGGUCUGUGAUGAGUCAUUUUAAGUUUGUCUCUACAAUAAAUGCAGCUGAAGAAGGUUGCACACACGUUCUAGUUUUGGGAAACAGAAGGCUGAGGUUGGGACACACAGGGUUUGAGAAGGGCCAGCACAUCGAACCAUCACCCCUUUUGCUCCAGGCGAGCGAGCAGAGGGCCACCCUCGCCGGGGUGCAGCUCAGCGGGGGUUCCUGGGCCACAGAUCCAAAGGUUUCCAACCCCAACGGGACCGGCUGGGAGAGGAGGAGGGGGAGCGGGGCUGCACCAGGGAGGCUCGAGGGACCAAGUGGUGCCAAGCACCCCCUCCCGCAAGGGACACCACCGGCACGAGCCAGCCCCCGUGCGGGGCUGACACCUGGAGAGCGAGCCGCAGGGGGACAGCGCGGGGACCCUGGGGUUGACCCGAGCACGCUCCCACACGCGGCAGGGGGCUGGCUGGCACCCAGGGCGCUCCCCACUCCUCUGCAGCUCCCCACCAAAAGGAUGUGCUUGUCACAGAUACAUCGGUCCUAUGUUCAAGUGUCUGCAGAAAGUGAAACUGUAAACUACUCAUUGAAACGCUGCCCUCCAGCUACCUGCUCCACGCCACCGAGAUGAACAUUUUCUUUAAAGAAAAGAAAAAAAAGUCAUUCACCUAUUACCUGUAUUGGAAACCUUUUAAAAAAAAGAGUUGGUGAGGCAUUUAACAUCAAGUGUAGCAACCCUCUCAAAAAGAGCCUAACAUCCAUUUCAAAACAGUGACAAAGUGACAUAACCAGUCUCAGAGGAGACAGGAGAAAAUAAGCAUUGCAAACACAGCUUGCUACAUUUACAGUUUUCCUUUUUUUUUUCUUCCUCAUUUGAUAAAAUAACUGGAAAGGCAUUAACAGCUAGAAGCCCCCCCCGCACUGCCAUGCUGAACGUGUACAGACACGUGGCAGGAUACUGAGGUUAAAUGCAUCAUUUUGUUACAGUACAGUCAACCAGUCCCAGACAGGAUGAGCAGGUGCCAAAACUCAAGGGACCCCAAGGGCUACAGUGACAAGCCGCCAUCAGGGGUGCGAGGGGGGCAGCAGGAAGAGGGACAGACAGAUGAACAGAGCAGCAGGAUUAUUACUUUUUUAAAUUAUUUUUUUUUCCCCCCCAAAUAAGCACAGCAAAGCAACAAAGCCUCCUCCGAAACACACCUUCCACCUCCACUCCUGACCCCAUGCCAGAGCUCUGUAAUGCAACCGCCUGCAUCCCAAAGACGGGCUGACACACAGGACCGCGGCAAAGAGCCCCGGCUGUAGCAGCCUGGGACCUCUCGAGAAGAGGGGCGAGACAGGGAGCACUCCCCCCGCUCUGCCUGCAGGCCCGCCGGCCUCCGCCAGCCUUUCUGAAAUCAGCCGGGGCUGGGCGCCAGCACCACACAGCCCUUGCGAGCUGGGGGACAGAUCAGUGUUCACAGGAGUACGCAUGCCCGAUCACUCAGACCACUAAAAAAAAAAAAAGCACAAAACAUGAUCAUGGUGAAGCCUCCAAGCUAAAAGCAAGGCCAAACUCCCUCCUCGGCAGGAAGGCAAGAGCUUCCUCAAAAGCAAAACCCCCUCUCUGGAUAGCAGCCCCUUUGUCCGGCGGUGGAGCGAGCCAUGUGCUAUGCCUUCUGUACGCAGCAAGAGGGAAAGUGCCUCUGCAGACCUGUCCCCCGUGCAAGCCAUAAAACAGGGGAAAGCCUUGCUGCUGUCAGCCCUUCCUCAGCCUGGCACUGACCACACACUCUGCAGCCCUGACCUCGCCAUGGCCUCCGCACAGCACAGGGGUGCGGGGUGCUGCCCUGUAACCAGAGCACCACGGAGCUCCCUGCCCUCUGCCACCACCCACGCCGCAACCGGCGGGCAUCGCACCCCAGCAGAGAGCAGAAGUGAACGGCCCCGAAGUGAACGGCCCCGUGUUCCCUCAGUCCAGAGGAAGACAGGCGGGAGCAACCAACAGCUGCCUCAGGCUGUCACGUCCGUCUUUCCUUUGCUCCCUGGCUACGCUGCUGCCUGACAGACAGUAAAACAAGGCACACAGUCCGCAAAUCCAGAGGGACCGCUGGGAUUGCUCUUCUGACCCACCUUGCCCUGGGAAACAGGGGGGUUUCACAUGGAGCCCUCAGUCACGCUGAUGUGACAAACGACUGACUCGGCAGAGGGGGGGAAAACUCUUCCGUGCCGAGACUAGAGCCUCAGCCUUAGAAAUUAAAAAAUAAUUUAAAAAUCAAUUCAGAUUUUGGGAAAUUCUCUGGGAAAUUUCUUACCUCUUCUACCACCCAAGCAAUUCCACAGUCUGCUCCACAAGCAACAACUCCACAGCAGGAGCUCGUUCCUCCUCAUUUCCUAUUGCAUUUGUUGCUAAAAUGCAGACAAUUGGCUUCAAAUGAGAACACACACCGACGAGAGGAGCACAGGGACACAGCAGCAAGGACCAC